AUGGAAAUCACCAACACACACCAACCGCGUUCGAUGCUAGUCCUGGCACUACAUAAACUCCUCAACAUUACUCCAUCUUCAAACGACAUUUUACACGUCUGGACUCAACAAGGACUACUGAAUAUUUGUCUGGGUCCUCGUGAGAAAUCGGGAAAAAGGCGAUCCAAAGUACAAGGAUUACUGGAAAGACUAGUUAAAAAGGAACUCAUGCAUUCUGCGAAAAUUUGUACCGAUAAUGAAAAGUGCGAAGUGGUAAUUUAUUGGAUCCCUCACUCUCCGCCGAAAGGGAAGAGUUCGGAAGGUGAUGUUCAGGAAAUGGAUGUUGAUCAAAAACAAAUAACUGAAAGGGCCGUGCCAAGAACGCCCGAACCUCCUGUAAAAAGAAUCUCACUUGGACCCAAGACCACCAGUCAAUCGAUGGCGUCAAUAAUAAGUAAAACUCGAGCCAAGUUUUCUGGUUCUACGCCCAUUUCAACCCCUACUGGUAAAAGGACCCCCCUAUCAUCGUUGUCAAAAAAAUCGAGAAGGCAAUCUUUUAAAUCCCCUCUGGUUCAAGACGAAGAUGCUAACAAUGAAAAUCUCAUAAAGAUCUGGAGAAAAGCGAGCCAAGAAGCUGCAGAAUUCCUAUUUUCAAAACUUCCAAAACAAUCCUCAUUUCUUGAGUCAGGGGGAUAUUCUGAGUUUUGGGGGAACAGCAAUUGGGGUUGGGGUGAUUCAAAUGAAUCAAAAAGCAAGCAGGGAGACGAAAAUUCGGAUCGAGAAGAUCACGAGGACGAAUAUGAAACAAGAAGAGGUAGCACAGAACAGAAAGAUACGAUGAAGUAUAUGCUCACAAGGAUGGGGGUCGAUGUCGAUUUGAUCAAAUGGAAUGAGGAUGAUGAAUGCUUUGAAGAAUGA